AAAAGCGCCAUGGACCGAAUGUCUUCUGAUUUAUCGACCGAAUUGAAGUCUUGUGGGAAGAGCGUCUCCGUGAUGUCACUUUGGCCUGGUGUUGUGCGAACGGAACUGAUGUUGAACUACGCUAAUGAGGCCGGUAACACAUUGCCCAUCGACAUAAACGCCCACACCGAAUCACCGGAGUUCACAGGCCGCGUAUUGGCGGAAAUCGCGAAGGAGUCGAGGGCCGACAUAAUGUCGCGUUCUGGUCACGUGUUCGUCGUAGCCGACGUUGCUUCCUCAAAGGGCAUCAGGGAUAUCGACGGACGCUCGCCGUUGAGUUUUCGUUCAUACAAGCUGCCUGAAGGUGCCUUACUUCUUCCUUCGGCCAGCAUCGCCGAGAUUCUAGAUCCUCCAAUCGAUGGCACGGCGCCCUCAUCACCCCCUUCGCUACCUCGGUUUUUCUUCCUAACUUCCUCUUUGGAUUCGUUAAUUCCUAGUAAUAUAAGCGUUCGUUUUAACUAA